AUGCCUACAGCACCCGCUCACCUCAUGGCACAGGAGCCUACAAUGCUUUCUGCUGCACCAAGUCCCCAUCUUCAGUCCGCCUCUCCUGUCUCCAACCACGCAUCUACGUAUGCCGUAGGAACUCAUAUGGUUGCUCCUGUCGAAAUGGAUGGUGGCUCACACUUGACUAACCCGCCACGAAGAUCGACGGAGAAGCAAGGCGUUGAGAGAUAUUCGUGA